CAAACAAAAGCAGAGGCACGAAAGAGUUAAGUUGCAAGUGUGUCACACACUCACUGCUACAGCCAAAGCCUUUUCCUCUGCCCUGGCCUCCAGUAGCCAAAAACCCUACCCGUGACAAAACCUGAUCUUUAAAAAAAGAAAAAAAAACACCACCUUUAAACCCUGAAGGCCAUUUUUUCCAUUCAAAGAAAAAAUGGUGCCAAACCCAGUAUCUCUCACUCGUAAGACUCCAUUGUUAUACUGUUUUGUGGGUUUUUCAUGCAAACCCACUUCUCAUUCUAGCCAAAGAACUCAGCUUUCCUUGAACCCUGUUCAGAUAACUGGAUUCAGGGCCUGUUCUUCUUCUACUCUGUUUUCAAAUUCUUUAAAUUAUAGUCAUGGAGCUGUGUUUAAGGACUUGGAUGGUACUAGAAAGAGAUAUAGGCAAUUGGGUGUUGAUCAAUCUCGUCUCUUGGCUGUUUCUGAUGGUGGCUCUGGUGGUUCUGGUGGGGUUGGAGGCUCUUCUGGUGGUGGAGGUGAAGGUGGUGGUGCUAGUAGUGGUUCUGGUGGAAAUAGUAACUGGUCCUUCCUUUCAUGGUAUUUGAAUCUUCUUGCAAAUUACCCUGUGUUGACUAAAGCUGUAACUUCUGCAAUAUUGACUCUUAUGGGAGACUUGAUCUGCCAGCUUGUGAUUGAUCAAGUUCCAUCCCUAGACCUUAAAAGAACUUUCUUGUUUACACUCUUGGGGCUGGUACUGGUGGGUCCUACAUUGCAUAUCUGGUACUUAUAUUUGAGUAAAUUGGUAACAGUACCCGGAGCAUCAGGUGCAUUCUUGCGCCUUUUAGCUGAUCAGUUUGUUUUUUCUCCUAUAUUCAUUGGAGUUUUCUUGUCAACAUUGGUGACGCUGGAGGGAAGGCCAUCACAAGUCAUACCUAAGCUUCAGCAGGAAUGGUUUUCUGCUGUUCUUGCAAAUUGGCAACUGUGGAUACCAUUUCAAUUUCUGAACUUCCGUUUUGUCCCACAGCAAUUUCAGGUUCUUGCUGCUAAUGUUAUUGCUUUAGUCUGGAAUGUGAUUCUCUCAUUCAAAGCUCACAAAGAGGUUCUCCCAAAAUAGUGUUUUAGAAGAUGAUUCUUUUAGGAUUGCAAGAUUGUUUAGAUCCAAAGGAUUGCUAACUAGAGUUGCCUCGAGAGCCAUAAGAUCGGUAUUCCCAUGAGCAAUCAGCAUUUGAUUCUGAACAUUCUCCUACGGUGCCUUCAGUGCAGUAGCUCCUUCUUAUCAUGCUUUUAACCUCUAGCUCAUGUAAUAGAAAUAAUAGCAGGAAAUUUGCAUUUGAAAAGUUUGCAGUGUACAACACUUUUUUUUUUCUUUUUUGUUAAGAGGCUCUAACGUGGGAUCUUUAAGAGAGGGAGGACAAUGCCGGUUGAGCUACAAGCUCAUUGGCAGUAAGCAACUUUACAAGUCUAGAAUAGUGGUGGGAUAUGUCCAGCUAGCUAAAAACUAUAACUAUGGAUUGAGGAAGCCUUUAUAUCCACUCAUUGUUAACAUGUAUUCUAAUGAGAGUGCCGUCAUUAAACCCCCAA